AUUCUAUACGAAAUGCUAAUGUUGCUAGUCGAGUAGUUUAUCUUUCAUCAAAGACAAGUGAUAAAGUUUAUCCACACCUCACACUUCCGGAACUAACAUACCUUGCAACUAUGGGUGGUGCUCAGCUUGUAAAUCUUGAAAAUGUAAUUGGAAAUUUUAUAGUUGGAAAGGAAUUUGACGCGUUAUUGAUUGAUCCGGAAGCGGAAGGAUCACCUAUGCAAAUAUUUGAUGAAAUUGACACUAUUGAUAGAAUAUUUGAAAAAUUUAUAUUUCUUGGAGACGAUCGAAACAUUAAAGCUGUAUUUGUUAGAGGACGUAAGGUAUCUGGCACUGAUAUUACAAACCUCGA